GUGUUUUUGGUAAAGUAGGUUGGUUGGAAGUGUCUGUCAUGGGCUCAUGGCCAUGAAAGAUGGAUGCUCCCCACCUAUAUUCUUCAACAGAAAUAUUUCAUAUAGCUGCACUCGAAACUCUAAUCUGGUACAAUUCUCUUUGAAUUUAUUCCUUGAUAUAUAUAUUUUUGUCCAUGACUCUUUUUUACUUUUAAUAUUUAAGAAAACACUCCUAACUAAAAAUAGUGGUGUAUAAGUUAUUUUUCUAGCUCAAAUUGAUUCCCCAUUAAACCAAUUAUAUGUUCAUGCUUGAGAGAAGUAGAACCUUUAAAAGAGUGUGCGAGAAUAAGUAUAUAUAAAAAAUUUACACUGUCUGAUCAUGCAGGUCGACCAGUUUCUCCACCACAUACUCUUCUAUUCCCUUGAUCACAUUUAUUUGGCUUAUAGGACUCUAAACAUCAACAAAGGAUCUAAAAGCUCACUAAGAUGGACUGAAGUCAAAUGUCCUCAACAGUCUCAUAAAGAUGAGUGUGGCUAUUAUGUCAUGGGAUUUAUGUAUGAUAUAUCACUUGGAUUGCUAGAAAAAAGAUCUAUACAAAAGCUCUUUUGUCUAGAUCCAUACACUCAAGAGCAGAUCAAUGAGAUUCGAGAUACUUGGGCUAAAUAUUUUAUUAAUCAUUGUGUGUAGUUGGAUUGGAUUAUAUUACUUUUUAGAUAUACAAUCUAUAUUUGUAUGGAGUGUGGAACAGUUCAGCUCGUUUUAUGCGUCUUUUGUUUCAAAUUGUUAUACUUUCAGAUUACAUUGACAUUUUGAGAUUGUAUGUUUUACGUUUAGAAUAAAAUGAGAUCAUCUUUGCU